AUGCAUUUGGCUUGUCAAAAACAUUUGGCAACAUCAAAACUCAGUGGUAAUGACAGAAAAGAUCCUAAUCUGCCAUUACCACUGAGUUUUGGUGUUUCCAAAUUUUUUUGGCAAGCCAAAUGCAUCAUCGCAAAAGAACAAUUUUUUUUAUUGCAUUUGGCUUGCCCAAAAAAAUUUGGAAACACCAAAACUCAGUGGUAA